AUGACAACAGAAAAAAUCAGCGAAAAUGAGGAUAUAGAGGAGUGUAUAAUAGAACAGGUAGAACAGGAUAUCAAAAAGGCAGAGAAUAUUGUAACUGGCUGCUGUGAACAAGUCUUCGAUGAAGAAAAGGUAGAGAAUGAGAGAAUAAAGGGCAUUGAUUUUGAAGAUGAGAAUAAAAAGCAGCAAGAAGUCUGUGAAGCAAAGAAGAAGACAACAAAUCUGAUUGCAAAAAUCAUGAAGUUAUCAGGAUGCAACAAGGAGAUUGCAGAAAAAAGUAUCAAGGAAUCUAAGAAUAACACAAAUAAUGCAAUUGAUAUUGCAAAAAGGCAUUAUAGGGAGACACUUCCAACCAUCUUCCACUACAAAAAUGGUCUAGAAGUCAAAUACGGUGGAAAAGAGUCAUUUUACGAUUUCAAGACUGAUUUAGGUAAGAGGCUGGUUGAGAUGAUUGGGCGUGGUGAGUUUGAUCGGAAGCUGCUUGGAAUGACGGCUGACUUCGUGGAUGUGAUCUACGUUGAUUUGAAGAAGGAAAAGAAACUUCAGUUUAAGACGUACGAUAAUAGGCCAAUGAAUCAAAGGAAGGAUAACAGUGAUAUAAAACUCAUAAAACAGUAUGAAAAUGUGCUACCAAAUACCUUGCAAUUUGACGAAUUGUACGACACACAGUUCAAACUGUGCUAUAAGAAGAGCACUGCUAUUUGUAAGUUGGCUUCUGAUACAAAAUUGAGACGAGUUUACAACCAUUUGCGUGAAUUCUUCAAGAAGGACGUUCUGCUGGUUGUGAAUGGUGAAGAAGUGGGCGAGUUACAGACUGGAGAGGAGAUUAACAAGAAGUUUGUUGUGUUAUACGUUAAACAAUAA